GGGAGAUGGGUUGGCGAGGCCGGAAGUUGCGCCCUCACUGCUCGCCGUUUCAAAAUGCUGCUGGGGCCUUAGGGCCUGUGACUGACGCCCCCUCCCCCCCGGGCUCUGCGGGGGAGCGACUCAUGGAGCGGCCGUAAGAUUUAUCAGCAGACUUCACUUCACUGCCAAAAUGACAACAUUUUCCACCUCUGCCCAUUGUUCAACAUCUGACAGUGCUUGCAGGAUCUCUCCAGAACAAACCAAUCAGGUACGACCAAAACUGCCACUUCUGAAGAUUUUGCAGGCAGCAGGUGCACAAGGUGAAAUGUUCACUGUUAAAGAGGUCAUGCACUAUCUAGGCCAGUAUAUAAUGGUGAAGCAGCUUUAUGAUCAGCAGGAGCAGCAUAUGGUAUAUUGUGGUGGAGAUCUUUUGGGAGAGCUGCUAGGUCGUCAGAGCUUCUCUGUGAAAGAUCCAAGCCCUCUCUAUGAUAUGCUAAGAAAGAAUCUUGUCACUUUAGCUACUGCUACUACAGAUGCUGCUCAGACUCUCGCUCUCGCACAGGAUCACAGUAUGGAUAUUCCAAGUCAAGACCAACUGAAGCAAAGUGUAGAGGAAAGUUCCAAUUCCAGGAAAAGAACUGAAGAAGGCAAUAUUCCCACACUGCCUACCUCACAGCGUAAAUGCAGAAAUUCUAGAGAAGAUGAAGACUUGGUAGCAAAUUUAACCCAAGAUGAGACGUCAAGACUGGACCUCGGGUUUGAGGAGUGGGAUGUAGCUGGCUUGCCUUGGUGGUUUUUAGGAAACUUGAGAAAUAACUAUACACCUAGAAGUAAUGGCUCAACUGAUUUACAGACAAAUCAGGAUAUAGGUACUGCCAUUGUUUCAGACACCACAGAUGACCUGUGGUUUUUGAAUGAGUCAGUAUCAGAGCAGUUUGGUGUUGGAAUAAAAGUUGAAGCUACUGAUCCUGAACAAACAAGUGAAGAAGUAGGGAAGGUGAGAGACAAAAAGGUGACUGAAGUGGGAAAAAAUGAUGACCUUGAGGACUCUAAGUCCAUAAGUGAUGAUACUGAUAUAGAAGUUACCUCUGAGGAUGAGUGGCAGUGUACUGAGUGCAAGAAAUUUAACUCUCCAAGCAAGAGGUACUGUUUUCGUUGCUGGGCCUUGAGGAAGGAUUGGUAUUCAGAUUGUUCUAAGUUAACCCAUUCUCUCUCCACGUCUGAUAUCACUGCCAUACCUGAAAAGCAAGAAAAUGAAGGAAUUGAUGUUCCUGACUGCAGAAGAACCAUAUCAGCUCCAGUUGUUAGACCUAAAGAUAUAUAUGUAAAGGAAGAAAACUCCAAACUUUUUGGUCCCUGCAACUCAGUGGAAUUCUUGGAUUUGGCUCAUAGUUCUGAAAGCCAAGAGACCAUAUCAAGCAUGGGAGAACAAUCAGAUAACCUUUAUGAACAGAGAACAGAUACAGAAAACAUGGAGGAUUGCCAGAAUCUCUUGAAGCCAUGUAGUCUAUGUGAGAAAAGACCACGAGAUGGGAACAUAAUUCAUGGGAGGACAGGCCAUCUUGUCACUUGUUUUCAUUGUGCCAGAAGAUUAAAGAAGGCUGGGGCUUCAUGUCCUAUUUGCAAGAAGGAGAUUCAGUUGGUUAUUAAGGUUUUUAUAGCAUAGCUGAAUCAAUAAUUGCAGACAAAUAUUAACAGGGCCUGGUCAUAUAUCAAAAUGUCAUUAUUGAGCAUCUCUACUCAGUGUGACCCAUUUCAUACUUUCAUUUAUUCAUGGAAACAUUUAUGCUCUAGGACAUAUUUUUGCUUCUAAACUUAUAUGGAAUUUGAUAAUAAGUUCUUUCGAGCUAGAUUAUCAAUUUGGAGACUCCAUUAACAUUAAAAGAGAAGUUAAUCACUUCAUUCUGUCUUCAAAGAUGAGGAUCUGGCACUUCCCUGGUGGUCCAGUGGUUAAGACUCCACGCUCCCAAUGCAGGGGGCCUGGUUUGAUCCCUGGUGGGAGAACUAGAUCCUGCAUGCCACAGCGAAGAUUCCCACCUGGUGCAGCCAAAUAAAGAAGUAAAUAUUAAAAAAAAAAAAAAAUGAUAUCAAAAAAAGAAAGUAAUUUAAAAAAAAAAAGAAGAUGAGGAUCUGGGAGGGAGCAACUACCAGUACAAAUAGAAAUACAUUCAUUCUUUGAUUUAUCAAAUUACUUGAAGAUUAAUCAUUUCUUUAGUUAAUUUUAUUCCUUACUCUUCUUUUCUGUUAGGGAAUGUUCUUAGGCCUCAAAAUCCAAGAUGGCUAUUAGAAAAACAUUAAAGCUAACAACGAAAAAACAUAAGUAAUUUAUGUAUAAACUAGAUCACUUUAUGUUGCAUUGUUCAGAGGAACCAAUAUUUUUGUAAAGUGCCUAGAACAGUGGUAGCAAACAUUUUUGCUAAUGUACCUCAAAAAGAAUUUUGAAAAAGUAUUUAUGACUUUUUGCAUACUUUAAAAAUUGAGGUAUAAUUAGCAAACAAAGUGUUCCCUUCUAAUAGAACAUUUCUGUCACCUCAGAAUGUUCUCUUGUGCCGCUUUCCAGGCAGUUCCUCCACCAUUUCAUGGCUCUCACAUUCUAUUAGUUUUCCUUUUGCACAUGUUUAAUUUGACUUCUAAAUUUUUAAAAUAAAUUUAAGUACUUACAGAGGAUGUAUCAUCCAGUAUAUUGUAGAUGUCCUUUAAAGAUAUUUUUGCCCAAACCUUGGAGCUGUAGAUUUAGCUGAUUGAAUUUAUAGAAAAAGUUGGGUCAUAUAAACUGGCAAAGCUUAUUCUCAUUAUAAAACUAAUCAGCCAAAUCAGAUUUCAUUUUCAGUCAAAGUGUUUGACUUUAUUUUUAAUUCAGUUAAAUGUAUUAUAUACAUCUAUGGCACAACCUCUUCUCAAUGACAGUUCUAAAAAAGAUAAGGCACACAGUUUUUAACCAAAGCUCUCUUUGCUUUACUCUUUCCUCCUGUCUCUUGGGAGUCUGCUAGGGGUUUUUUUGUCUUUUUGUUUGAUGCCUCUGAGGUUUUCUACAUUCUGAGGCAAUGCCCCAUAGUAAGAUUUUAGGUGGGUGAGAGGCAGCCUUUCUUCUGAAAACAGUAUAGCAGUUGUGAAAAGGAAAGUAAUUAAAGAGAAAUGAUAGCUCUGAAGAGGCCUUGUCUGAUCACGUAAAUCUUAGGAUAAUACAUAUGGAAAUUGAAGAUCUUUAAGUUGUUUUCUUUACAGAUAUUCUUGUCUGCUUUCCUUGUGGAAAAAAUCUUGGUGUAUGCCUGGGUACCGGUAUGAAUGUAGCCAUUUUGAAAACCAAGGCCCUAGAAUUAUCAAUUUUAAGGAUCAUAAGAAUCACCUGUGUUGCUUGUUACACGCCCAUCUCAACUCCCGGCCCCAAACACACACACGUGCAUACACUCACAGGAGUGCGCGCACACACAGACUCUUUGAUCCCUGAGGUCUGGGCCAGGGAUUUCUAUUUGAACAAGUGUUUCUGGAAGCUGACGCAAGUUGUUCACAAACCACACUUUUGGAAGCCCUGCCAUGCCCUAGACGGAAGGGUGUUUUCAGGUACAAGAAGUAGAACAAGAUCCCUUUGUUUAGCAUUGUAUUUAAUUUCUAGAGAAGUUUUGUUAAACUCAUAGAACUUUAAAAUUAGAAUGCACUCAUCUACUCAACCCCCUUUUAUUUUGCACAUGAGGCUGAAAGGAUAAAUGACUGCUGAAAGUCACAGCUAGUGAUAGAGCUAUUACUAGAAUCUAAGUCUCUUGCAGUAAACCUUUAAACCAUACUUGCUUGCUUCUCAUUAUUUGUUAAAUGAUGGUGCUUAUUGAAUUUGGAACAACUAAUAACCUUAAAAUAUUAUUGGAGAAUAUGAGUUGCAGCCAAAAUAGGACCUCAGAGAGAACAGAGACUUUUAACCCUUUCUCCCCAAAGAGAAAAGGCACAGUAAAUGUCAAGCUCUCUUAUAUAAUCAGAUAAGUUACUCCUCCCAUUGGGAAGACAAGUAAAGAUGGCAGAGGAACCUGAACUCUUUUCUCCAGUAUUUUUUCUUCUCGGGGAAUGAAACUCAGGUCUCUGGCUCUCUCCGGGCAUUAGAGACAAGGGUUUUUUCCCCCAAUAAGUAGAACCUGUUCUUCAAGUUCAGUGUUUUGUUAGACUGUUCAGUGUGUUGUUAGACUAUGGUAAAUGCUCUAAAUAUUUAGAAAGUUAAAUAAUUUUCUACCCUAAUUCCCCCCCCACCAUUACUCUCUUCAUAAUAGUUUGAUAGCCCUCGAUUUUGUUUUAUUUUUGCCAGUUAAUUGCUUUUGCAAGUGAUAACUCAAAGAAGGAGCAGGGAGCGCUGGGAUCUGCACUUGUACCCUCUGAUUCCUUAUAAAGUUGCAGUUUUUUAGAAAACUUAAAUAAGAAAAAAUUUUAAAUUUUUAUUUGUGUGUAGAUGUUUGAUGCUAAUUUGGUGCAUCCUUGCCUAGCACAGAAUCCUCUUAUGCUACUCUACUUACUUUCUUUUCCCCUUGGGUCACCUUAGUUUUUACUGUCCCCAUUAGCAGUAAGUACUU